AUGGCUCCAUCAAGAAUCUACUCCAAUGACCUUAAAGUUGCAGUCACCGUGGCUUUCGUUUUCUAUAUUUCAUUUCUGCUUCCAUCAGCAGUUGGGGCACUAAACCCAGGUCACAGUGAGAGCUCGUCGCAGCAAAGUAAUAUGGUGUUGGGGUCAAAGCCUCCUGGUUGUGUGAACAAGUGCUUGAGUUGCAGGCCUUGCAUGGCUACUCUAGUCAUUGUUUCCCACCAAUGGAAGAAUUUCAGAGCAACAUAUCAUGGUGAUGAAGAUGAAAGCUAUUAUCUCCUCUCAUGGAAAUGCAAAUGUGGGGAUAAGCUCUUUCAACCUUGA